CCGCGCCGACAGUGAAUGUGACUCGCAACAACAGCAGGUUUCUCGGUUUCGCUAAGAGGGAAGAGGACAUGUCAGCCUAAACAUAAGAACCCCCCUUCUCUUUUACUCAUAGGGUUUGUAUCCUGCAUUUAAAAAAGAAAAGAAGACGAAAAAUGCUCCAGUCGGUUGCCAGUAGUUCAUGCGCGCGGCUCAUCCAGAGCCACAAAUCGACGUGGUAUUUUUUGUUUCUGGUGCUGGGCUACAUCCUUUAUCUCAUCUUCGGGGCUAUGGUCUUUUCGUCUGUAGAGAUGCCUUACGAAAAAGCCUUACGCCAGGAACUCACGACCAUGAAAAGGCAGUUCCUGCAGGACAAUGAGUGCAUCACCGAGGAGAGUCUGGAACGCUUUCUCAAGGAAGCCCUGGAAGCCAGUAAUUACGGCGUCUCCAUCCUUAACAGCACCGCUACCAAUUGGAACUGGGACUUUACCUCUUCACUCUUCUUUGCCAGCACCGUGCUGUCCACCACAGGUUAUGGUCACACAGCACCAUUGUCAGAGGGUGGCAAGGCCUUUUGCAUCAUCUACUCUGUGUUCGGCAUCCCGUUCACCCUUCUUUUCCUCACCGCCGUGGUACAAAGGAUCAUGGUUUACAGCACAAGGAGGCCCAUCUCAUACAUCCACAUGCACUGGGGCAUUUCUAAACCUCUGGUGGCCAUCAUCCACUCUUGUCUACUCGCUUUGCUGGCCGUUUCUUGCUUCUUCCUCAUUCCAGCGGCCAUCUUCUCAGCACUGGAGGAUAACUGGAACUUUUUGGAGUCUUUCUACUUCUGUUUCAUCUCUCUCAGCACUAUUGGAUUGGGAGAUUAUGUGCCAGGAGAGGCAGCUAACCAGAAGUUCAGGGAGCUCUACAAACUGGGAAUCACUUUCUACUUGAUCCUGGGCCUGAUCGUCAUGCUGGUUGUCCUGGAGACAUUCUGUGAGCUGCAGCAGCUGAAACAGCUCAGAAAGAUGUUCUACCUGAAAAAGGAGAAGACGCACGACCGCCUGACCAUCCUUGAACACGACCAGCUGGCAUUCACCUCCAUGCCAGACAGGAUGCACGGUGACGACAAGACCCACAUGUUCGUUAGUGUCUCUAGUCUGCCGUCUCGCAGCGACGAGCUUUGUAUUCAGUAAUGAUGGAGCCAUUUUAAAGAAUUCACUUUUUUUUUUUCAAUUGCAGUUAUAGCUCACGCGACAAAACUUCAUUAUGAGCUGCCUGUCAUUCAAAGCAUCUUUUGAAACAUUCUAGAAAGCCAAUUUACAACAAAGCUAAAAAUCAGGAGAAUUUAUCAAUAACUUCUCAAGCAAAUAGUAUGUGUUCUAUUAUAUAGAUAUACUGGCUUAAUUGAGUGUGGACAAUUGCUUCAAAGUAUAAAGUUCUUUGGUCUAUAGGAGUUAAGACAUGCAUGACUGAUUGAAUAAACAGGUAUGGGGUGUAUACAAAAUGUUCAUUGACAAUUGCUCUGUAACGCUUCUGUAUGCCUCUACUGAGCUCUUUGCGUAGCUGACUGGAAAAGGUUUAUAAAGGAAAUUUGCAAUUAAUGCAAAAAUCCUGUUGGACUUAAUGUCCUAAAAGUUGUGUUGUUUUACUUCAAAAAUCAAUUUUAAGUAUCUGACAGGCACUUAAAAAAAUCAUAAAAGUGAUUUUGUCUGUGCUACUUUGUUGUAAUGAAGGUGUGACGUCAUUCAGAGAUUUUUCUUUUUUUUUUUUUGUCACCAUGUAUGUGCUGUAAUCAUAUUCUUACGUGCUUAUUUAUGUUGUGGGAUUGUACCCAUUUUAAUUUAUUGACUUGUCUGAUAUGCUGUGUCUAAAGUGCACACAGCUAUUGAGAAAAGGGAUGUAAGGUUUGUCUUAAUGAAUAAGGGAGGUACAUUUCCACACGUAUGAGACCCAGCCAAAAUUGCAGAUGUGAUUUUCAAUCUCUCAGAUGUAUAAUAAGUUGAGUAAGGGGGGCAGAUUGUAAAUGUUACGAGGAAGGAAAAAGCCAGGCAAAACCCAACAAAAUGAGUUUACAUGAUAAAUCCCUUCUCAGUUAUCUAUAAAAUGAUUUCAUGCUAGAAGUAAAAUGCUAUGGUGAAAGUAUUGAUAUUUAAUUCAAUACGCUUUGUUAUUGUCUUUUGCUACAGGUUACCAUACCGUCCAGGAAUAUGCUGAUAUUCAUAUGUUUAUGAUCUUUACAAUUCAGCGAGUUUAGCAUAGCUAAACUCAGUUGGGUCAUAGUGGAUAGUAAAGUGUUCUGUAAGUGCUAGCGACAAUUUCUCCAUCAUGUUACCAAGGUAUUUGAUACAUUUGAGGAAUUUCAUUGAAUUGUGAACUAUUUUAUGUUAGCUGGUCUGCUGUUUUCUUUAUCUUUGUAAGACAUUUCAUUGGUCUGUGGAUGCAUUGUGUAAAUAUAUUUGUGACCACAAUGGGACCUAUUUACAAAUACUGUACUGACAAAGUGAGACAGCCUUUCUGUGUAUAAAUCUCUGGUCAUGUCCAUAACUUUUCAAAGAGCAAAUGUGUAAACCUUUAAUUCCAUUGUAAAAUCCAUUAGCUGUAUGGCAUUUGUUCCAGUACAAUAAAGUGCAGGGUAUUUUGUUUUGAAUUGUUUGGUAUAUUUAAUUCGCUUUUUUUUUUUUUUUUUUUAAUCUUUCAGAAGCAUCUUGUGAAACAGUUUUUUUUAGAUGAUUGCAAAUGUACUGUACCACAAAUAUAAAAGUUACAAUGAUGCUAGGUUGAAAAUGAAAUAGUCUAAAAGCAAUGACUGUGCUUAAAUGCAGGCUUUUAGUUUUUUGUUGUUGUUUUUUUUUAAAUGGAGGUACUUGAAUAAAUUAUUUUUGUUAGUCAUCUCUCCAAAACACAUUAUCACUUUGUUCAGCAGUCAUUACGGUUUUAUCCACGGCCAAAUGGGAUUACAUUCAAAACUGCACAAGAGGCCAACAUAUUCCUUAAAGUGUGCAUAAAACGGACCAUUUUCCCAAAAACUAAGCAAACUCAAUAAGUGUUGAAAUACAUUUGUUUGUACGUUAACGACCAUGACCCAAAUUACAACAAAUUUUCCUUAUAUUGUAUACUGAAAUCCAAUGCUUCCUUUUACUGUUAUUGUAUGGCCCCAGGUGACAGGUCACGCUUCAUGCAGAAAGAUGCAACACAUAUAUUUGAGAUUUUGUGUUUUUUAUUAGAAACAUUGGUGAUGCAAUUACAGGUCUCUCUCGCUCCUCAGCAAUUGAAGUUAAUGAUUAACGAUGAGCCUCUGGCAAAGUAUUUAUUGCACAUCAUGAGAACACAACUAACCGGGGAUGUGCGCUAAUUGGAAAUAACUGUGUAACACUCAGACUCAGCAGUGUAUAAAAAAACGUGCCUGUUCAUUUGCAUAAUGAAGUCAAAAGAAAUGAUAAAUGAUCUCAUUAGAAGGUUUUUUUUUUAAUAUGCUAGAAUGAUUAACUGCCUUUCAACAACACAUUCAUAAAGUUUAAACCCAUUUUCAUCUGAAAACCAAACACGAUAUGCAAUCAAUAGGUCUACUGAAAAGCAACAAACAAAAUAGUUGAAUCACAGCAAACAUUUGUUGGAUCUUUUGUGGAGGAAAGGAACAUUUCAAAUGAUAAUGAAAAGGAUGUACAACUCGAUGAAAAUUGCAUAAACUGUUUGAAAUAUUCACCUUAAAUGUUUAAUAAUAACAUCUUUAUUUUUGUGCAGUGUCGUCAUUUUCCAAAUACUGCACUCAAAUUCCAAACAUACAGUAGAGGCAUCGUCGUGUAUAAAAUACAGUUACAGUGCUGGCCAAAAGUUUUGGCACCCCUGCAGUUCUGUCAGAUAAUGCUCAAUUUCUCCCAGAGAAAUUGGGAUUCUUGA